UUUUAAAUUGGACGAGAGAAAAGGUAGAAGCGGCAAUAAGGGGUUCGAAUCUCAAACACAUUCUCUUGGAUUCCUCCACUCGUGUAGUCUGAAGAGAGAGAGAGAGCUUCUUCGGGCGGCCAUGGCGCAAAAUUGAAGCUUGAAAUCAACUGCUGCUGCUCAGAAGAAAGCAAGAGCGUUGUAUAGCAAAACGGAGAUGCAGUUGAGAUCCAGAGAUGGAAAAGGAGGAGGCUAAUCUUCAACGGGAUAAACCUCCGAAGAGUCUAGCGCGACCCAUCUUAAACCACGAAACCUCUUCUUCUUCCUCCUCUCCUGAGCUAAUACGCCAUCUCCAAGCCGCUUUCAAGCGCCAUCGUCCCCUCAAUAAGAUGCAGACAACCACUAUAGGUCCUCGACGAAGUGUUGCUGCCCAACGACAGCCUUCUAGGAGUUCUACAGCUGAUGGGCAGAGACCUCAGGAUGUUGUUUCCCUUAGUCAGAGUCUCGCUGCCAAUACAUUAUUGACGCAGGAUUCAAGAAACUUACCCUCUUCUUCUGCUGCUGCUGCUGCUGGAGAAUCUACCGAGAAUGCGUCAGUUUCAGGAACUGUUGAUAAUAUGCUUGGUGGGAAUUUCAACCAACAAGAUAGGCAGAUGGAUUUGCCGAAGCCCUUAAAAAGCAACCUGGAUAUAGGAUCUAGGAAUGAAAGUGUCAGCACAAAGGUUCAGUCUCUCGUUAGCAGCAGCACCCUCACAUCUAAUGUUAUCCUGGCAGAUAUGGAAUGGGAUGCAACCAAUCAGGCUGAAGCAUCAAAACAUCAGAAUCUCCACCCUGUUGAUUCCGAGAUCAGUUUGAAAUCUGAAUACAAGGUUUCAUCGUCCUUGGCAAAGCUGGGAGAAUUUCGCAACUUCUUGAAUCAACCUGCAUCUCAGUGUUCUGUCAUGGGGUCAUCGUGUGCCACAACAACGUCCAUUCAUUCCUCUUCAGCUCCUAUGCUAAAUGCGACAACCCAAGUCUCUCGUUAUCCGAGUGCUGUUCCAAUUCCAAGUCAAGGGAACUUGGCUUCUUCUCGUCCUUCUUUCAAGGACAGCAACGUUCUGCAUGCAAAUAAAGAUGGCCCUUUACCUGAGAUGCCAGCCUCAGCUAUUGAUCAAGAAGUAAGAGUCCAAGAGCCAAACAUGUCUAAGCAACAACAGUGCACUACAGUAGUUGAACCUCCAACUUUAAGUCGUGGGAGUGAUGCUACUGCUCGUGUACCCGAUGACAUGCUCACCAGUGUUAGCUCACAGCCGCAAAAACCAGAUAAGCUUGAAAAGGUCGCAAGUAGCAAAGGGACAUCAGCGCCUCGCAAAAGAAACUAUGAUCCAGACUUGUUCUUUAAAGUCAAUGGCAAACUCUAUCAGAGGCUUGGCAAGAUAGGGAGUGGAGGAAGCAGUGAGGUCCACAAGGUUAUUUCAUCAGACUGUACCAUAUAUGCUCUCAAGAAAAUCAAGCUCAAGGGUCGUGACUACGCUACAGCGUAUGGAUUUUGCCAGGAGAUUGGAUAUUUAAAGAAGCUGAAAGGGAAAACCAACAUCAUUCAGCUUAUAGACUACGAGGUUACAGAUAAGGCUUUACUCCAGGAGGUUUUGAAUGGCACGAUGAGUAACAAAGAUGCAAGAGUUAAGGAUGAUGGGUUUAUAUAUAUGGUACUAGAGUAUGGAGAAAUCGAUCUGGCUCACAUGCUGUCUCAGAAAUGGAAGGAAAUCGAAGGAUCAGACCGGACUAUUGAUGAAAACUGGCUUCGGUUCUACUGGCAGCAAAUACUUCAAGCUGUGAACACCAUACACGAGGAACGCAUUGUGCACUCUGAUUUGAAACCAGCAAACUUCCUUCUUGUCAGAGGCUUCUUAAAGCUUAUCGACUUUGGUAUUGCUAAGGCCAUUAACAGCGACACUACAAAUAUCCAACGAGAUUCACAGGUGGGGACACUGAGUUACAUGUCACCAGAAGCGUUCAUGUGCAACGAGAGCGAUGAGAAUGGGAACAUUAUAAAAUGUGGAAGGCCAUCAGAUAUAUGGUCCCUUGGUUGCAUACUAUACCAGAUGGUAUACGGAAGAACUCCUUUUGCAGAUUACAAGACCUUCUGGGCAAAGUUCAAAGUCAUAACUGAUCCAAACCAUGAGAUUACUUACACUCAGCUCUCGAACCCUUGGCUUGUUGACCUAAUGAAGAAAUGUCUAGCUUGGGACCGUAACCAAAGAUGGAGAAUCCCUGAGCUUCUCCAACAUCCUUUCCUUGCCCCUCCUAUCCCACCUGAGCCUCGAGUCGGAAGCAGCAGCAUUCAACUGCUUAGUCACAUAGCUGAAUGUUUUGGUAGUGAUGACAGGGUUUCGGAACUUUGUGCUCAGCUCAAGGAUCGGCUACGAGUUCUUGGUGGAGAAUAGAAGUGAGCAGUAGUUUUAAAUCGCGGUUUUAUUGGAUCAUGUAAAUUGUUAUGUUACCUUGAUAGCUUUAGAGAGAAGACUUUCUAUUUGUUAUUGGUGUCCCUGCUUGAUUUCUUGUAAUGGAAUGUAUCAUUUUGGUU